GAUAACAUACACGCUAUUUGAUAAGAGACGUCUAUUUGUUUUUGUUUAUGCGCAAACAACGAAAAAAUAUAAUUUUUUUGGCAAUAUUAUUGUUUUGCAUGCAUUUGUUUCCGAACAAUUUAUCAAGGGUAAUGACGCGAAUUCAAUAAAUUAUGGCAAAAAUUGAUGAAGACUUGUCACGUAUGUCAAUAGGUGAUGACUCUAAUAAUAAGUUUGGUAGAAAUAAAAUACAGAGAGAUUUAGAAAUAUAUCGACCUGGCAGUGGUCCACUUAGACGCAGUGGUAUUUCACGUCAAGAUGGUGAAGAUGAGAGAUCUGCAUUUUCCAGCUAUGGUCGUGAUCAUGAUUCAGGAAAAAAGAGUGACUUUAUUCCUAACAAACAUUUUGAAAACCCUAAUAGAAAAAAAGAAAACUUUGGUAGAGGACAAUCUAAAAUGAAUGGUUUUGCAGCUGAUAAUUAUAGUACUUUUAAUUUGAGGCGUAAACAACAAAAGAAAAAUCAACCGUUUUAUGAACCUCAAAAUGAGUGGAGUGAAAGUAGUAAACGUCCAGAUCGGCCAAGAGUAAAUUUUGUUCAUCCAGAUGAUUCUAAAGAUGAUGAUGAUGAAAAUUGGCGCACACAUAAAACUCCUAAAAUAGUUAUUACUCCAAAAAUGAUCAAAAAGCCAGAAGUCAAGCCCCCUAUAGAAAAACCUGUGGUUUCAUUUGAUAAUAUUCCUAGUAUGGUCAUUAAUACUCGUGUUAAUCCAAUAUCCAUUCAAAACACACUUGAAAAAGUUUCAAGUUAUGGAGGAGUAAGGAAGGAUAAAAAACCUCUUAAUAAAACUUCAUUAAGUAGUAUUUUGAUGACUUAUGAAAAAUUACCUCCACGUUUUCGAAAAAAAUACUGUGUGGAUAAUCACAUUACUAUAGAAGAAGUAGAAUCAUACUUGACAAAUGGAAUUCCACCCUCUCAGGAUGAACAUAAAGUAAAUAGCUCAUGUCAGUCAAGAAGUCAAACAUUACCACAAAGAAGUAGCUCAGGAAAAUUUAAUGAACCACCAAAACAACCUGAUCAAGUAUUCUAUAGGAACUCUAACCAACCACCAAAGUCUGAAGUCAGAAGAACUCAGUCUAUGCAUCAAAGUAUACUAGAUCAUAAUAAACGAAUUAACAAAAGUGUUGACCACGAAUUAACUGGUAAAUCUAAUAAUGAAUUUAUGGAAUCUAAGAGAGAAGAGUUGGUCAAUGAUAGAAUUGAUGAAUCAAAUAAUUGCAUCAAACAGACACUUGAAAGUGCAGUAUUACUUCCAAGUGGUACAAUCAAUUGGGCUGAAGAAGUUGAACGGGCUGAAAAUUUGUCCAAAGUGGCUGAAGAUACCAAAAAAGAUGCCUUCCUGAAACCUCCAGAUACAGUCGAGAGAAACCAAAAUUAUAAUAAGGAUAGAAAACAAAUAAAUAGCCUUAGCAAAGAAAGGAAUGCUCCUUUAUCUAAACAUGACCAAGUAUCUAGUAUUGGAAAUUCUAAGUGGCAUAGUAAUAUAAAUGAGAAUUCAGAACGCCAACAUUGCAAUAGUAAUUGGAGAAGUGAAAAAUCUUCAAAAUCAAACCGAAAUUGUAGUAAUGACCGAUCAAGAAACAGAUCAAAAAAUCGUAGAAAUAGACAUAACAGUGAAAAAUCAGCAUCUCAAAAAAGAGAAAAUGUUGCUGGUAUAAUAAAACUGCCUCCAAAUGUGAGUACUGCAGACCCAGGACAUCUAUCUCUCAAUGGUUAUUUAAAUAAUAAAUCCCUAUCAACAAGUACUCCACAGUCACCAUGUCCAGCUAAACAGUUAUUUAAUCCUAACAAUCCUAACAAACCCAUUGUUAUAGCAUCAAAACAACAAAACACUAGAGUAGGCUAUGUACCUCCUGCUGUUGAUCAACAUACAACAAAAGAUCAUUAUGUAGGAGCAAUGUCUACAGCUCCUGUUCAGCAUUUUUCUGGUGCACAUUUUGGUAACCCACCCCCUAGUUGGUAUGACCCAUAUACAGAAAGUUACCGUUCAUCACGUCAUCCAGUUUUGCUAUUAGAUAUAAAGAAAGCUGAUUCUAUAAUGGAAGAUAAAAUAUUUUGCUCAAAUAUGCUUUCAAAUUGGCAUACUAUUAACUCAUGCAGAGAAUUUUUGAAAGAUGCUUUAAAAGAGCUCUUAAAAACUGACAUGAAGUUUUGUCAGCGUGAAAAUAUAGAAACACAUUUUUGGAAAAUUUUAUAUCAUAAUAUUAUUGAACAAUUGAAAAAACUCAUUAAUGAAGAUUCUCCUGAAUUGUCUAAAGAUUACACUACAUUACUUAUGAAUUUAAUUGAAGAGGGUAUGAAGUACAUGAAUGAUUUGCUGAAACUUUUGGAAAAAACCUAUAGUUUUAAUUUAGAUGAUUAUAUGUCACUUACGUGUCUAUCCACUAAAAAGCUUGGUAAUAUUGGUCUUGCUUUAAUAUCAUCUCAAAAGUUAUACAUAUCUUUGGGAGAUUUAGCAAGAUAUAAAGAUAUUAUGAAUCAUAGCACAAAUUAUGUGAUUGCAAAACAAUGGUAUACUAAGGCAAAUUUGAUAAAUCCUAAAAAUGGUAGACCAUACAACCAGUUAGCUUUAUUAGCUGUGUAUGAAAAACGAAAACUUGAUGCUGUAUAUUACUAUAUGAGAAGUUUAAUGGCUUCUAAUCCAUUUCAGUCCGCCAAGGACAGUCUAUUAUCAUUGUUUGAAGAAUAUCGAAGAAAAUAUGAAAUGACUGACAGAAAACGCCAGGAAGAUAGAGAAAAACGUGAAAGAGACAAAGCAAAGGAGAAAGAAAGUUCUAUGUCAGCUAAAGAAAAAUAUAGUAAACGAAGAAAAGAGAUCUGGAUUCAUCCAGAUGGUGGUAAAAGAUCACAUAGAACUACUUCUACUACUGAACCUACUCAAGAUAUUGAUGAAGAUGAACUAUCAAAAUUAUCACAAUCUGAAGUUAAUAAAAGAUUUAUUGUGAGUUUUCUACAUGUUCAUGGAAAAUUAUUUACAAAAGUUGGCAUGGAAACUUUUCAAGAUACUGCAUUACAAAUGCUUCGGGAAUUUCGCAAACUCUUAUCUAAUACACCAAUUCCUAUUAUUACAACAAGAUUUCUUCAAUAUUUAGCUCUAAACAUGUUUGCAAUUGAAUAUAGCCGCCCUAAAGACACACAUGUGGAACAGGGUUACUGGUCAACAAUGCAUGAAUGCGCAUUAGUUAUGUCCUUACAAAUGUUUAGUCUAAUUGUAGAUAGAUGUAAUCAACUAUUGAAAGAACUUCUUGUCAAAAAUGAAGAUAGUAGUAUGGCGAAACACUUGAUUGGUAGUGACAUUGACUUUCUUUUACCUCCAAUUAAAGUAUGGUGUGAUUGGCUACUACGUAAUUCUAAAGUAUGGAACCCACCUCCCUCUUGUUCUGAUUAUAAAUUAAGUGGUAGUGGUGACUGUUGGAGUCGAUUAGCAUCAUUAGUUAAUAACUUAGAAAAAUUUCAAGAACAAUACAAGUUAUUUUUAAAUGAAGCAGAUGAAAAAGAUCCAAAUACUAUACAAUUAAAACUACCUGAAGAUUCUAUGUUUAGUGGUUUUACACCAAUAAUAGGUUAUGAAUUAAAACCUGCAUUUAUUCAUUCCUCUUCAGAUAGGGAUUUGUCUGAAUUUGCUAUGCGAGUAAAUUGCAUACUAUUUUUCGGAACUGAAUUUUUGUGUGGCACUGAACCUCCAGUAUUUAAGUUACAUAAGACUGAUACUGGAGCUAGUGAGUAUAUUUCAGUUGUUGAAACAGCAAGUUCUAAAGAUGAAAGUGAAGAUGAAGAUCUUUGUGUUGAAAGUUGGAGUGAUGAAGAACAUGAUCAAAAGUCUAAACCUCUUAAUAAAACAUGUCUAACAGAAUCAUCUGUCAAACCACUCUCAAAUGAAAUACAGAAAUUGUUAAGUAGAAAAGAAGAACUAGAGCAAAAGCAACGCAAUGAAGAAUUGCGACAAAAGAGAGUUCAGGAAAUAUUAAGGCAAGCUUCCUAUUGUGUUGAAAUUGAAAUCAAACCACAUUACAUAGUACCUGAUACUAAUUGUUUUGUUGAUUACUUACCUCAAUUGGAAAAGUUAAUGCAUUCUUUUUCUCAUGCUCAAGAACAUACUUGUACUAUUAUGGUUCCAAAUGUUGUGUUAAUUGAAUUAGAAGGUUUAGCAAAAGGAGGUUGGGCUCGAGAAUCAGUAUCUAAUGCUGCCAAACAAGCUUUAAAAACUCUAAAGAAUGUUGAUACUGCAUCAGUCAAAUUUGUGACCACUAAAGGAUCAAGUUUUAAAUCAUCUACUUCUUUUGAAGAAGAUUCAAAUAUUAUUGGUAAUAAUGACGAUAAAAUUUUGACUACAUGCCUUAGUCUUUGCAAGCAUAAUGUCCAAGGUGCUCCUAAUUACCCACAAUCAGAAAAUGAACCUAAAAAAAUAUACAGGGAUGUAGUUUUAUUGACUGAAGAUCGUAACCUUAGAGUUAAAGCACUGUCAUCAGAUGUACCAGUUAGGGCAAUAAUGGAUUUCAUUAACUGGUUAAAUUUCAAUAAUAGUUGAUCUGUUUAUCUGCAGCAAUAAGAAUGCUGUAUUGUUCCUAAAUUUAAAGACUUAUAUAAGUACAACUGCUUAUGGUUAUUACUUAACUCUUGUGUUACUUGCUGCAUUUUAAUUUGUGCAUAGAAAUAUAUUAGUUUGACCAUUAACAAUGUUUUUAAAAUUUCUAGCCAACUUGGUGUUAAUGAAAUUAUAACUUUUAUUAAUAUUUAAUUUUAUGACUGUAAACAAAAGUUCAUGAUACAGUAUUCAUGAUUAUUACUGGCAUUAAAAAAAAAAAUCAAUUUUUAUUUAUUAGAACCCAGCACAUAUUUAAAUUUUGUGACUUCUCAAGUUAAAUAAUAUGCAAUUAUUGUUUAUUAUAAUUUAUUAUCUGUUGUA